UUUUUGGUUAAAUUCCUGGUAAAAAAUGAGAAUAUAGUAAAAAAAAAUAAAAUACUCGCAGGAGACAACAUUUUUAUAUUUUUAACCAGAGACAAAUUAUAAAUUAUACAUCCUUGUGUUAAGAGUCUGUUAACGUAUGUGACAUUUCCGACUCCUUGAUAACUUGGACAAUAAGUUAUUGAAUAGCAAACUCGGACUGUUUAAACUUCGGCCUACAAGUACGGAAGACUACAUUGAGGCGGUUGGACAUUUGAAAGUUCGGGAUACCAGCCUAGUACUGAUUGAUCGAAUUUCAUCAAUGUCAUCAUAACUUAUGGGAGAGUUUGGAACAACAAGUGGCAUGGACAAGUGGGUGUGUCCUAAUGACAGAGUUCUUGCACUCAGAGCAAAACUUGGAACUGGAUGGUCAGUCCACACAGAAAAGUUUACGAAAUUUAAUAAAGGGGAACAACUUAGUAUGGAAGAACAAGACCAUAUUAUGAAUGUUAUAUCAAAGUCUGAAUAUAUAGAGCAGGUUGAACAGGAGAGAAUUGGUCGACUGGUUGAUAAGUUAGACAAUAUGAAGAAGAAUGCCAUGGGUAAUGGUUCUACACAGUGUAUUUUAUGUGGCGAUGAGUUUGGCUUACUUGGAGCUUCUCCUACUUUCUGUGAUGACUGUAAAUCAGCUGUGUGUGUAAAAUGUGGCAUAGAUACAUACAACAGUAAUAAACAACCACUGUGGCUCUGCAAGAUUUGUAGUGAGAACAGAGAGGUGUGGAAAAGAUCUGGAGCAUGGUUUUUUAAGGGUAUACCAAAAUAUAUCCUUCCAGAGAAAAAGACAGGACCCUCUAAAUAUACAGUUAGUAGAUUGGGACAAGAGACCAGAGGGUCUGUGAAAAGUAGACCUGGAUCAACUAGACAGUACAAUACUUGGAGUACAGGCAGACCAAGCCAGGCAAAUAAUGGGGAGAGCAGUGAGCAGGAGUCCACAAGUGAAUCAGAGGAUGAGAUCAGUAUUGGUAAAAAGAAAACAGGAAAGAUGAGGGAUUCAGAGAGUGACAACAUAAGUUUAGCAAGUUCAACAAGUGGGCAGUAUUAUAAUCAUUCCAAAGAAAGCAGACCUAGUAAUGCAAGCAGUACAUAUGCUGGACAAAUGAGUGCAACAGAAAGUAGCAGAGGAGAUGACCCACAUGAUUCAUCUGAUAAUGAAAGUAUGCGAGAUUUUAACAGAAAAAAUUCACAUGUAAACCCGCCUCGAGUUUUGCCAUUACCUCUGAAGAAGAAAAAUGAAGAAGAUCGGGACAUCGAUAUGGCAUUUAACAAGUACAGUCAUGAUGAUAUAGACAAUCCACCAUCAUCACCAGAAAGUGAUGCUAUUUCCCUUGGUGCUUUAGAAAUAUCCCUUUUGUAUGAUUCUAAUGACAAUGCACUGCAUUGUACAGUUGUUCGUGCUAGGGCAUUAAAGGCCAUGGAUUCCAACGGACUGUCAGAUCCAUAUGUAAAACUGCAUUUACUGCCUGGUGCAAGUAAGGCAAACAAACUGAGAACCAAAACAAUACACAAGACAUUGAAUCCUGAAUGGAAUGAAACACUGACAUAUUACGGUAUUACUUCAGAUGACAUGGUCAAAAAGACACUUCGGUUAGCCGUUUUAGAUGAAGACGCAUUUGGUUACGACUUCAUUGGAGAGACCAGAAUACCACUAAAGAGAUUAAAGGCUUUACAAACUAAGCAUUUUAAUGUGUAUCUUGAAAAGCAACUACCAACAGAAAAAGACGAUGAUCUCUUGGCCAACGACAGAGGUAGAAUUCUUUUAGGAUUAAAGUAUGACCCUAGGAAAAAUGCUCUCUAUGUUUAUGUUAUCCGAUGUGUGGGACUAGCAGCUUGUGAUGCUAAUGGCUAUUCAGAUCCUUACGUGAAAUUGUAUCUGAAACCAGACAAAGACAAGAAAUCUAAAUUUAAAACUGCUGUAAAAAAGAAAACUUUGAAUCCAGAAUAUAACGAGGAAUUUGUAUAUGAAAUCAAACAUAAUGAGCUCGCUAAAAAGACUUUAGAGAUAACUGUGUGGGACAGAGAUAUUGGAAAAACUAACGACUUCGUAGGUGGUGUUCAACUUGGAAUUAAUUCCAAAGGAGAAAGAUUAAAGCACUGGUUUGAUACAUUGAAGUCUACAGAUCAGAAAUUUGAGAGAUGGCAUACAUUAUCUGCUGAGCUGAUACCAGAGCCUGAUGAAUAUUGACAACACUUCUGAAGAUGAAGACGUUCAGGUGCAUUCAAGAAAUCAAUAUUGUUAAAGUCUAUAACAAUCCUUACUUAAUGACAUAUAAUGGACAUUGUUUAAUACCAAGAGUGCCAAUGAAAAUAUGAAUAUUAUGAUUAUAAACACUUGCAUUCAGUUUUUUUUAUAUUCAAAUUGUAAAAGUAGAAGUUCACAUAGUUUCUUAUUGAGGAGUUCUUGUCAUUUUAAUAAGAUAUUCUUUUUAAUUAUUUUUCUUUUUGUGCGUGGGAGAAUUGAUGAGAACUGUCACCAAGCCAUAAGGAACUUAAACACAUUUUGCCACCUUUGGGUUGUUUAAAAGUGUAUGAAUUUAAAGGUAAUGUAAAGCAACUAACAUAGAUAAAUAUAAAGAGUCCAAGAAAACCAAUUCAUUGAAUACUUCCUCGAAUUGAUUAUUGAAUUUGUCAGUUCUUAUCGAAAUUUCAAAGAACUACAAUAUUUUAACAAGAUAUUUUCUAUUUUCUCCAAAUAUUUUUUUUAUAUUAAAUACAAAGCAACAAUUUUGCUUCAUCAGAACAAUAUUAAUUAACCCUAUGCGAGAUAGGUUACUUCUUGAAUAGUUUUCCUUUUAUAGCUGAAUUUUUUAACACAUAUCAAAGUUCAUUUUGUGUCAAAUUUUAUAGAUUUUACAUUGACCCAAUUUAUUACCAUAUGCUGUUGUUGUUUGACGUAACUGAUCUUCUAAUUCAGAGACACUCAAAACUGAGAUAACAUAUUCUUGUUCUUUCAUACAUACUUUUUCAAAUGAAGAAAAGAUUGUAGAAGAAUAUGUUUCAACAACAGCUGAACUGAAAGCUGCGUUUGACAUUAUUAGAUUCAAUAUUACUCCAGAAACCUUGCAAAUAUUUGCAUCCAGCUAAAUGUUCCACUACAGAUGCUUCUGUUCUUUUAAUUAGUCAUCUAGUCUUCUUACAACUGUUAAGAAACUCAUCAACAUAUUUUCUAAAAAAGCUCAUUUAAAAGUAAUGUUAAUUAUUUCGUAUUUAACAAAUUAUUUGGAAGUCUUUGAUAAGCAAUCAGAGGCUGAUAUAGGAUGGGCAGGGGGGGCUCGCCUCCUUCCCUUAUCGAGCUACAUAUAUGAUAAAUGCAUAGACUUUUUACAAGUAUCACUCUAAACGUUCGCUUGCCAGCUUAUUUUAAGCUACAAUGUAUUUCUCGGUCAGUUUAAUGUUAUUCCAGACUCCAGCUAAUAUACACAUUUACCUUGUAUUUUUCUGACAUAAAAAUAUGUUACACGUAUAUAUGGCAAAUUGAAAGAUAGUCACAGUUAAUACACAGUAGUGAAAAAGAAAUAAAUCGAAUGUCUUUUUAUCAAGCUUGAAAAUCUUGUUGAUUGAUAUUGUAUCUGAAGAAACUUUCAGAUGGUUGAUGACGACAUGAAUAUUAAAAUUAAUUUAGUUACACAAGGAACAUAUAAAAGUUGGAAAAAUUUCUUCAACAUGACAUUUUAAAAAUUUGUUCUGGUGAUUCAACCACCAGUAUUUGUUGUUGUAUUAUGUUAUGUUAUAUUAAUUUAUAUUUUGUUAUGUUAUAUUAUAUUUUAUUUUAUAUAUAAUAAUAUAUUAUAUUACAUAUUGUAUUCCAAAAGAAUAAUUGCACAAAUAUUAAGGAAUGGUUCCCUUGCGAUGCAUCAUUUUGCAGUUGUAAGGUGCACAGUAUGAUAUAUUGCUAGGAGCAAUGUUGAACCAUGGAAGUAAUGUAUUGAAAGGAACAUAACAACAACCAGACUCCAUACGUUUCAACUGCGAUGAUUCUUGCCAAUUAAAUUACAGGUUAAUUAACUUGAAAUCUGGUAUGUUAUUAACUCGCCAUCAUGUGGUGAAUUCUUAAAAUUGAAACGUUUUGGUUGUUUCCAUGAUUACAGUGGGUAAGGUAUAAAGUAUUUAAAAUGCCAAUCCAAAAAAUAAAUAUAAAUAAUUCUUAUAUGAUUUGCAUAUUAGGGAAUACGUUGAUAUGAUUGGUUGAGAGAACUUCCGGUAGUUGUUCUUGACGUUGUUUAUUUUUCGAUAGACGACGUUGACCGAAAUUCUUUUCGUAACCAAUGUAAACAAGAUGGCGGCGAUAAUGACACAAUCCGGAUCGACGUUAACAAAAUUUAUUUUCACUUCGCUUUAAUCGUUAAAUUAAAUAAUAAACACAAAACAUUCGUUUGAAUGAUGAUAAGAGUUUUUGUAGUUUAUUUUUUAUCGGAUUGCAAAUUUCAUGGAGUACAUACUUUCAAAGUUUGCGUUAACCAACAAAUAUAUUCAUGCGCCAGGCCUAUUCAAUGCACAAAUAUACAAUUUACGUGUGAUAGAGGUUACAAGUGUGGAAAAAUAAAUUCCUUAUCUCCAAUUUUAAAGAAUUAUAAGGAUUAGACGCCUUUUUAAAGGAAUUUAUUGGUGUAUAAACUUGACCAAUUCACUCACAAACAAAUAAAAGUCCUUCCUUUAAAAAGGCGUUUAAUCCUAUAACCUUGGCCUUUGACAUCAAUACAUAUUCUAUUAUUUGGCUAAUGAAUCUGUGUAUUCACAUCAUAAAGGUAACAAAUUAAAAGAUGAUAUACUGCAGCUGUGCUAUUUGCGCAGUCAAAUUGCUUUGACCGUAUAAUCAUUUGUGACUGACCGUAUAUCGCCUUGUUUAUGACGUUGACAAUGCGUUUCCGUAGAGUUUUAUUUAUGACGUCAUUAAAAGUACAGGUUCGCGGAAUUUUUACGUCGUUUGGUCCAAAUUCCAAAAUGAUGGUUUUUACCCUAAAUAUUUCAUUUGGAACAGUUGUAGGAGUUGCAGUAUAUAAAAAAUAACCAUAAAUUGUCUCGAAAUAUAAAUUUUAUUUGUAUUCGGUUCAAAACAGGAUAGAAAUGCUCGGCAGAUCCUCGCUUUCUACCUGUUUCUAAGCCUUGCACAAAUAAAAUUUAUAUUUCGAGACAAUGUAUGGUUAUUCUAUAUUCAAUUGUUUAUAGAAAGAAUAUGCAGUAGGAGAUGUGAAGGCCAACAACAAAUGUCAUAUUUAACAUUGAUAGCUAUAUAUAUAUGUUAUAUAAAUAAAAAUUGGGAAACAAAAUUUUGAUAUUAUAACACAUACAAAAAUCUUCUUCGUCAAAUUAUUCAUUCCUUCAAUACUAUACUGGUAAUGUGUUGAUAAUAAUUAUUCAUACGCCAACAAAUGUGGACACAGAUCAUUGUGGAUAGUAUGUUUGGAUAUUUGACAGUGUUUUCUGACAAAAAAAAGUUUUCUAUGUUUUUUUUCCAUAUGGUUCUAUGUUUUAACAGCCUGAAAACCAGAUCAGUACCAAACACUAAAAAUUAGCAGUGAUUUUUUUUCAAUAUGGUUUUAAUGUUCAAGACUGUCAUGGAGGAUAUGGGAUGUAAGGAAUCUAUAGGUUACCAAAUGAUUAUUAAAAGAAGUUCAACAACUUUGCUUUUGGAUAAAAACAAAAACUCAAAAUUAGUAGAGGAACACAUUAGGUGCAUCUCUGCAUGCUGUGAUUUAAUAUGCAAGAUGAUUUCUGAGAACCUUUAUGUAUGCUCUUCUCGUAUGGUUCUAUGUAUGUGCCAUUGUGGUGGUCAUUUCUUACUUUGAACUGUAAAUUAGUAAAGAAUCAUCCCAGUAUCAUUAGUGAAAGAUUUAAAAAUUGUUUAAAUGUUCGAAAUUGUUUCUUAGAAGAUUUCGUAUAGUUCUAAGUGAUGACAAUACCUGGCAUGACGCAUGGGGCUAGUUGAGCUAGAAAGUACACUUCUGUUGUGUUACACAUGUUUUUUAAUGAGCCCAAUGCAAAGCACUUUUAUAAUACACUUAGCUAGAGAGCUCAAUCCAGUGAUAUACUUUGUUUUACUGGCCCUUCAUGAACACUGCUAACAAACAUGCAAUACCACAAGGUCCUAAAAAAGGCAUGUCAAUUAAUUAUAUUAUAUGUAAAUAAUAUGCAUAUGUAUAUAAAACUUAUACAAAGUUAUGGUAAAAAUAGUCAGUACAUAGCAAGUAUUUAUUGCUACAUGCAAAAAUAAAUAUAAAUAAAUAAAUAAAUAUAUGUUGAGUGCCCGUCUCUUGAAAUAUUAAAGAACAAACUUCAACCUUAUCAUAGAAAACAGGUGAACAAACACUACAACUAAAAAAUGUUUUCAGUGUAUUUACCAUCCCAACAGAAUAUUCAAUAUAUUUAUAUAUUAGUACAUGUAUUUAUAUCAGUGUGAAAUUGUGCUAAAAAGUUGUAUCUUGUUUAUGAAUUUAUAUUCUGAAAAUAUUAUACACUGCUGUAUAGCUGUAUCAUGUAUGCAAGUUUUUGGCACCUACAGGUUGCACUUUGUAAAUACAGCUGUUCAUAGAUAUUUUGUUUUGUUUACCUACUGGUUCCCAGAAAUGAUCUCCAUGUUUCAUAUCAUAGAGACACAACUUGGGAAUUUUACCAGUAUGAAUACUGUUGGAUAGCGGACAAAUUGAAUUAUCAGGAAGAUGAUUACCAGUAUGAAUACUGUUGGAUAGCGGACAAAUGAUUUAUCAGGAAGACUCAAAAUAAAGGAGGGCUAGUAUAGAAUUUCAGUAUAAGUUUAAAUCUAAGAAAAUCAAGGCAUUUAAAUGUUGAAAAUAUGUCGCACAACCCUGUUUUAACCUUGCAAAAGUAGUAGUGCAUGUGAACUCUCCAUUCCAGAAUAUGAUUUUUUACGAAGCUUCAUAGUAAAAAUGGCACAGUUUUAGCCGUAAAAGGAGUUCCUAUGGGAAAUUGCAUUGUAUAUAUUUACAGAAGUGCAACCUAUAUUGGGUGAAAAAAGAGAACAUGUAGAAUUUUACCAAAUCAUGUUUAUCUUCAGAUAUUUAAUGAAAUUAAUCCAAAUAUAAAGUUUAAUCCAUAUUUCAUUAAGAUUGAGUAAAAUCUGGGCCCUGCAUAAAUCAUCAGUAAAAAUUAUGCACAGUUUACUUAAAGCCCCGUAUGAAAAAUAAUUUCAUGAAAUAUGCAUAUUUAUACUUUAGAUUGUUAAGAAGUGCUUAUAUUUACUCUUCGCAGUCAUUGAAAUGAAUUGAUGUUUGAAGAAAAUUGUUGUAGGGUGUUUUGUCCUGUCGAAAACUCAUAAGUAAGCAGUAACGCCUGAGUGUGCUUUCUUGUGAGCGUAGCAUCAAUUAAUUCAAGCUAGAUAUAUGAAAAUGUCUCUCUAAACCUUUACAUAAUGUCUUCUCUCCUAAAAAUAUAAGUAACUUUCCAUUUGCACAGAAAUAGCAGAUUUCUUAAACAAAUUUGAGGUCCCAGGGGCAAAAAGUAGAGAAAAAUCCUUAACCCAAGGGUCAUAAAACAGAUAAUUUAACCUUUAUAGGGAGUGAUUUUAUUAUUAUAAAUUUCUUUUGCAUAGAAAUCAAUAAACUUGCUUUGAAGUUAUGCACAGAUUUAACAGUCAGUUCUAUAAAACUUUAUAUGAAUUUAUAUAUCAAACUGGUAACUUCAUAAAUACAGCUGUUGCAAAAAUGGCUUUGUUUAAACCCUUCUAGCUCAUUUAUUAGCCAAAUUAUGUUAAAUAUAUUAUGAUUAGAGUUGAUAACAUUGUGACAAGAUUUUUUAACUAACCGAUUUAGGCAGAAAUUGUUUACUUUUAAAGAUAAAUGGGCAUACAUUAAGAUCUGGACUGGAGACAGUGGCAGGAUUGGAUACUUUAUAUAAUCUUGAGUGCUAGAAUGAAUAAUUAUUAAAAUUUACAUUUAUAGUAUUCUGAAAUGGUUUCAAUUGGUUAUCUGAGUAGUAUUAUACAGAUUCUAGGCAUUUCAUAUCACAAAACAUGCACGUAGGGCAGGCUGACAAUAAUUAGCCUUGUUUUCAAAUUAUUUAAAAAUUGAAACUGAGGUGGGCGUUUUAAAUGUACUAUAAAACAAAAUUAGAGUAUAUGCAGUGAUUUCAUUUAGGCUAUGAUUCUGAUAAAUAAAUAUUGUUGUGAUUAAGAGUGUUUUUACAAAUUUUUCUAUUUUAAUAAAUGUUACCGUAGGUUGCACUUUGUAAAUACAGCUGAUUCACAAACCACGCCUCUUUUUGGGAGAUGUUUAAUAUUCAUUGAUAUUUUGUUUUGUUUACCUACUGGAUCCCAGAUAUGAUCUCCAUGGUUAAUAUCAUAGAGACACAACUUGGGAAUUUUAUCAGUAUGGAUACUGUUGGAUAGCGGACAAAUUGGAUUAUCAGGAAGCCUCAAAGUUAAGGGAGGGGUAGUACAAAAUUUUAGUAUAAGUUUUAACUCUUAGAAGCUUAAGGCAUAUACAUGUUGAACAUUUGCAGCAUAACCCUAUGUUUUGACCUUGCAAAAAAUAGAAGUGCAUAUAAACUUUCCAUUUCAGGAUAUGAUUUUUUACAAAACUUCAUAGUAAAUGUGGCGCAGUUUUAGCCGUAAAAGGAGUCAUAUGGGAAAUUGCAUUGUCUAUAUUUACAGAAGUGCAACCGACAUCAAUAUUUAUAGGAGCAAAAUAUUUUCCCGUGGAUAAAUAUAUAUACAUGUAUAAACGAGGCUGGUGUUGACAAGUGGACUACAUCUAGGCAUAGGUAUCAUACAUGUCCAGUUCAAAAUGUUGUGUUUACAUUGCGAUAUUAACAAUGUUUACAGUAGUUGUCGUCUGUUUAUGUAGUUCAUACGUGUUUCUCGUUUCUCGUUUUUAUAUAGAUUAGACCGUUGGUUUUUCCGUUUGAAUGGCUUUACACUAGUAAUUUUUUGGGGCCCUUUAUAGCUUGCUGUUCGGUGUGAGCCAAUGCUCCGUGUUGAAGGCCGUACCUUGACCUUUAAUGGUUUACUUUUAUAAAUUGUAACUUGGAUGGAGAGUUGUCUCAUUGGCACUCAUACAUGUACCACAUCUUCCUAUAUCUAUUUACACGAUAUCGUGUCAACAUCGUUUACAUUGUAACAACUCUUAUAUACUGUUUACAUUGUUGACAUCCUUAACAUCGCGACAUUUACAAUAUAUUAUCAAAAUCGUGUUUACAUCGUUUACAUUGCAGUGUUCACGAUAUCGUGUCAACACCAUUUAUAUUGUAUGAACUCUUAAAUGGUGUUGACAUCGUUUACAUCGUUAACUUCGUGAUAUUUACAAUGUAUUAACGAUAUCGUGUUUACAUCGUUUACAUUUAUGACUAAUUAUAGGAGGUAUUGCCAAUUAAAGGCGACUUUCCUCGUUAAUUUUUUCAAUUAUUGCUUAUCAAACAAUUUUAUAAAAUUUUUAAAAGUGUAAACAAAAAUUUAUUAUUUUUGGCAGUAAACUUUUUCAUGAAUAUAUUUUAAUUAAACGAAUUUCAUUUUUUUUUUUUUUAGUUUCUUAUGUACAAUUUUUUUUACAGAUAAAUAGCAAAUGAACACAAUCAAAUUCAUAAGUAUUACAAAAUAAACGAAAUAAUUAUUCAUUCAAACCAUUCAAUUCAUGAUUAUUGAAGGUAUUGUCAUUAACAUAAGCUUAGCUAGGGGACUAACACUUGGAUUGUUUUCUAUUUCUUACAAGACGAUGGGAACGAUGUUAACACAAAGUGUGUGUAUUGACUCGGUGAACAAUAUAAACACGAUGUUGACACGAUAUUGUCAUCAUCGCAAUGUUGACAAUGUGAACAAUAUAAAAACAAAGGAAAAGACCCGGUAUACAAUAUAAACAUGAAGUUGACACGAUAUUGUCAACAUCGCGAUGUCUACGACGUAAACGAUGUAAACAGAAAGGUAAAGACUCGAUAUACAUUAAUAAUUCUUAUAUGAUUUGCAUAUUAGGGAAUACGUUGAUAUGAUUGGUCGAGAGGACUUCCGGUAGUUGUUCUUGACGUUGAUAAACAAGAUGGCGGCGAUAAACUUUUACUAGUACAAAAUUAAAGGAAACUGAAAUUUUUAAAUUAAAACUCAUUUCUGUUGGAGAGGUGUGUUCACAACUAAAACACCUUUAUAUCAAUAAAUCCGCAGGUUAAGAUGGAAUUGGUCCAAAACUUUUAAAGCUAAGUGCAGAGAUAAUAUCGCCAUCACUAACUUUUCUAAUAAACAAAAGUAUAACGUCGAAUCGUUUUCCGCAAAAAUUUAAACUUGCAAGAGUAACUGCCAUACAUAAAGGAGGACCAACAGAUAUUCCCUCCAAUUAUCGUCCAAUUUCUAUUUUAAAUACCAUAUCUAAAGUUUUUGAGAGACAUGUAUGUAAACAGUUAAAUGCAUUCUUAAAUAAUAAAAAAUUGUUACAUAUCGCUCAGUCAGGUUUCAGGCAAGGUCAUUCAUGUCAAACAGCGCUGACUAAACUAAUUGAUGAAUGGUUAAAAUAUUUAGACAAUGGAGAAAUAGUUGGUACUGUGUUUUUAGAUUUCAGUAAGGCUUUUGACCUUAUUAACCAUGCCAUAUUUUUAGAAAAGUUAAAAUUUUAUCAUAUCGGAGAACAUUCGAUAGAUUGGAUAAAAUCAUAUUUGUCUGAGAGACAACAAGAAGUUCAAUACGCUAACAUUAAAUCUGAUAAAUCGUUUGUAAAAUAUGGAGUGCCUCAAGGUUCUAUUUUAGGUCCUCUGUUAUUUUUAAUUUAUAUAAAUGAUUUACCACUUCAUGUUAAACAAUCCGAUAUGGAUUUAUAUGCUGAUGAUUCAACAUUGCAUUUUCAUAAUAAAAACAUUGAAAAAAUAAACAGCAUAUUGCAAAAUGAUUUAAAUGCUAUACAAUCUUGAUGUAACAAUAACAGUAUGAAAAUUAAUGCACAAAAAACAAAGUGUAUGAAAUUGGGUUCAAAACAAAAACUUACAUAACUAUCAGAAUUAUGUAUUACCGUCAAUGAAACAUGUAUUGAAAAUGUCCAUUCUUUCAAAUUACUUGGAAUUGACAUUGAUGAAAAUUUAAGCUGGGAGGAUCAUGUUGAUCGUAUAUGCAAGAUUAUCUCAUCUAAAAUAUCACUUUUGUUUAAAAUUAAAGUAUAUUUGCCUAUACACACAAGACAACUAUUUUAUAAUGCAUAUAUUCUACCAUAUAUAGACUAUUGUAGUUCAGUUUGGGGAAUUUUAUUACAAAAAGAUUCAGAUAGAAUCAUAAAACUUCAAAAAAGAGUAGCAAGAAUUGUACUUGAAUGCGAUAUUUCUGUUCCAUCAAAUUUCAUGUUUUCAUCUUUAAAAUGGAUAUCUUUUACAAAACGAAUAAAAUACCAACAAUCAAUUCUAAUGUAUAAAAUUGUAAAUGGACUAACACCUGAUUACUUAACAAUGCUAAAUAUUAAUGAUGUGCAACACCACAACUUACGAUCUGUCUCUAAUAAUGAUCUAUUUGUUCCAAGACCAAACACAAAUUUUUAUAAAAAAUCUUUUCAUUAUUCUGCAACAAAGGUAUGGAAUAAUUUACCACUCAAAAUAAAAAAUUGUCGAAAUGUGGAAUUAUUUAAGAAACAUCAUUUUCUUGAAAAUUCUAUGCAAGUCGAAUAAUUUGUUUUCUUUCUUUUAUUGUAAGAAUAAGAAAAUUUAAUCAAAACUUUACCAAAUAUUGCCAUUUAUUGCCAUUUGUAUGUUUGAAUGAUUGAAUUGUGUAUAUACUAGUAAUAUAUAUUGUAUUUUAAUGUAUGAAUCGAAUGUAUGAAUGUUAACUGUAUACAUGUAUUUUGUUUGAGGGCCUCAAUGAAAAUUAGACUACUUCUAAUUGAGUUACCCUCUUUAAAUAAAGAAUUUAUUAUUUA